CCUGUUUAUUAUUCUCACAUGGUAUCAAGAUCCUUGUUUUUACCCUAUUUUUUUCGGUCUCUAUGGUAUCGUCCGCCGCCUCCGCUGGGCAGGCCACCACCACAGUGCUUGUGAUGACGGCAGCGCCCUUCUUUGUCACCAUGCCAGCAGCCUCCUUGACUUCAUCUGCUCCGUUUUCUCUCACGUUUGGCUCGACGUCCGGUGUCUUGCAACCUUUGUUUUCAGCGCCAUUCCCGAUGAGCAGCUCGACCUUAGACGCAUCUGUUUGGGUCCAACCAGUGUUCGACUGGUCCUCUUUGGUUACAAACAGUCGUCCCACCGGCCAGAGCUCCGAAACAUGGACCGUCCCGCCAUCCUCUUCCUCCCGGAUUUCGUUUGGUGGUACCACGUUCUAUGGAUCGCAAGGCUUAACGCCAUCACCUACGGUUCAACCGAUAGGCCGACCGGCAGCAGCCCACACCGGUUCUUUGGAGGCAAUUGCACAAGCUAUGGGUUUUGGUGUCGCAUGGCCUGAUGGGCAUUCUCGAUGGGACUCACCUUUGAUAAGCUGCGGACUCGGCUCGUGGAACAGGAGCAACGCCUUAUCUAUCUCCGCUCUCAGGAGUUGUCCUCGCCUGCUGCUUUUGUUGCUCAACCCGCGGCUCCUGCAGCUCCUGGACAUGAACCACGAGGCGGAAAUCAAAUUAAUCGGGGACGUGGACGACGUGGUCAACAUGGCAGAGGGACCCGAGGCUGAGGAAGAGGCUACAGCCAGCACGAGGCGCCGUACAUGGGCCCCGGGUACGGCCAGCUGCCCGGCUACUAUCAGCCGCGGCCGGGACAGCAGCCGUCGGAAGAUACUUUCAGCCGCAGGCCUAUCAUCCAACUUCUCCUUCUCAUGGACGUCCAGGUUCAGC